UCUGAGGGAAGCCUUAUUACAAACUUUCAUCCCUCCUCCAGUACUACUCAACAGUUUACCUGUCUCAGCAACUUCACCAGUACCCUUGCACAACUGCAGACUGAUAAUAAAAAGACAACGCCAUGGCAGCUUUAGAUGGAUUUCCUGCCAGUUUCUAUGGGGAACCUGGAGUGUUAGGUAUGCUGUCCAAUGGGAUCAGUGCAUUCCUUGUACUUCUACAGAACUUUAAUACAGCUCACACUGGGAUUGCACCAGUCGGAGUAGAGAACAUACUUGCAGGUGUUCAUCUCAUCCUGAUUGGGUGUAUAUGCCAACUGGUGGCCGGACUGAUUUCCUUUCGAAAAUAUGAUCACCUGAGUGGCACUGCCUUCGUUGGUUAUGCUGCCCUUUGGGGUAGUUAUGGUGCUACCAGAAUCUACUAUGGUGUCUUAAAUGAUCCCAAGUCAGAUCAGAUGAUAAACAGCUCAUGCAUUAACUUGAGCAUCACGUCUCUGAAUGCCUCCAGAGAUUGUCAUCUGUUCUUGUCCUUAGGGGAGUCAGCGAUUGCUGGGCUGGUCCCCUACAUCCUUCUGUCUUUCCUUCUUGCAUUUUGCUCUGCCACAGUCAACUACAUCAUGCCUUUUGUUUUUGGGGCUAUCACAGCCACUUUGAUCUUUGAAGCGGUAGCUUUAGUGGCAGAAUCCUGGGCUCUGGUGGUGGCUGGGGUUCUAGAGUUGCUCAUUCUGAUCUUUGCCAUGUACGGUUCAGCUGCUCUGCUCCUCAAAGGUCUGACUCAGCGUCUAGCCCUCAAAGGCUUUGGGACUCCCCUCUUUAAUGUUCUCCUGCUAGGGACCGCCAACUCAGCGAGUGCUCAGAGCAUUGGCCAAGAGAAGAAGAAGAACACGAAAUAUGCCGAACCAAUGGCCUUGGGUUUCUUCUGUGAUUCCGUUGCUCCUUUCAUUUUUGCUUUCUACAGUUUUGGUUACAUGAAGUCGUUUGGUUUAGGAGUUGCAUGGGUCUCAAUCAUAUCAGUUGCUCAACUGCUGUCCAGCUACUAUGCCCAUCUGCGCCAAGACUGCUACCACGCUACAAAGUUUGGAGUUCAUGCUACAUAUUGGCUUAUCAAGGCUUGGGAUGAGUUUGUGCUAUCUGCUCUGAGUGUGAAGGACAGUCCAGUUGUCCCUGGGAGAGAAGCAAUGGUGGGAGACUGGUUCUUCGUAGCGACAGGCUUGGUGCUCUGCAUUGGAAGCCUGAACAUGGAUGUCUUAGAACUGAUCCACAACUUGUUCUUUGUCCUGCUCACGGUUGCAACAAUCCCCCAGAUCCCUCUGCAAGGUUACUACAUCUUCUUUGGUGUAGCUUGCUCCCUUUUCACUGCAGCCUCGUUCUAUGAGACCUUCUCACGACUCAUCAACAGCAUUGCGGAAAAGUCCCUGAUCCCUGUCGGACCACAGCCCAUCCCCAAUGAGCAGCUGAAGAGCGCUUUGACGUGCAGGGGGUCUAAACAGGGAGGCCAGGAGGCACUACCCCAAACUGACCAGGGCUCAGAUGCUCUGUUCUACUUUUCCAAUGGGGUUGCGUCUCUUUCCGCUGUUCAUUCAAUAAUUUCCAGUAGAAAUCCUACCUUCCUCCAUCUGACUAUUCCCUGGGUCCUCAUUUCUGGAGCAAUCAUCCAGGCCUAUGUCAGCAGGCUGCAGGUCACAGGAGGGGGCCGGUUUGGGUCAGUCAUCGCAUCCAACUAUCUUGUGGUCUGGGCAACUUGGACCUGGUUUAGAUUUGCAGGUGACCAGCUUCAACUUUCCACAGAGGCAGCUUAUGGUUUUACAGCAGGAGCCAUUGCUUUCUUGGUCAUCAAUGCUUUCCUCAUAGUGAUUGCUGCUUGCAGGAACCUGGUCCUGCUGUUUCUAACAGUAGUAAUGGAAGUUGUUCUGGUCUGCCUCCUGCUCUCCACCCUGCAGAGACUGCCAUAUGAACUUGAAAUUGCCAUGCUUGCACUGGUUUCCAUCAUUUGCCUGUAUGGCACUUUGGCUUCAUUGGUAAACUGCAUCUUCUCACAGAGGAUUCUACCUAUGGGGCCUCCCUUGAUAAAGGAAAAAGUGAAGCAGGAAACAUCUCCAGAGCCACCCUGUCCAGUAACUGAGUCACGUGUCACCAGCGGCCUGUUGAAGAUCGCUGGCAUUCUGGAGGAGGGAGGAGUGUGUGGUAUUCCCACAGACACCGUGUAUGCUCUGGCUGCCUCAUGCAAAAAUCCUCAGGCAAUAGAGAACAUUUACAACAUUAAAGAUAGACCGGCAGAGAAACCCAUUUGCAUUUGCAUCUCCAGUGUGGAGCAACUGGUGGAAGCCAAGCCUCCUUUCAGUCCUCUACUGUGGGAGUUUAUGAGGAAUGUGUAUCCCGGAGGCAUUAGCUGCAUCGUCAGCAAAGGAGACUGGCUGUUCAAACUAGGAGUGGGACCAGCUUACGACCGUGUUGGUACCAGGGACAGCAUCAUGAUCCGUGUUCCCGACCACACAGUGACCGGCCACUUAUGUAACAUUACUGGACCUCUUGCUAUUACCUCCGCCAAUCCAAGUGGAGAACCAGACAGCACCCACCACAGCAUGGUCAUCAACCGUCUGGGGCACAAGAUCCAAGGAGUUCUCUGUGAUGGGGACUCAAACGAAGUUGUUGCUUCCACCGUAGUCAACUGUCUGAAGAUUGAUGAAGGUUCCAUCGGCAUUGUGAGGGAAGGAUGUGUUCCUGCUGUUAAGGUCCAGCAGAUCUUUGAGAGGGUUAAGAGCACAAUGCUCUGAGGCAGAAGAGCAGCUUCCCCUCAAGUCAAGUUGUGCCUCCUCAGCCCUGCUUUUCUAUUCAACCCUGGAGCAAAUGGAUGUGUUGGCAAACAUGAUAACAGAAGAAACAUUAUUCCUACUAAUAAUUUGAUUUUUAUUACAUUUUUUAUUGUUUUACAUAACAAAAUUGAGAUGUGGUACUAUGCAUUGUUGAAAAGAAUGUUUCUUACCAUGUAAAAACAGCUGCAACCCCCGCCCCCCCUCCCUUCUCU